UCAAAAUUCAAAUUUCAAUCCAUUUCCUUUCAUCCCACCCAACAACCGUUUUCCGUCUCUCACUUAACAUCCCCGCAAACCUCACCGGAAAAUCAUUCCGGAAAACCGACACACGCAGCAUUUAUCAACGAAUUUUCCCACACUUUCGACUAUAAUAAUCGAAAUAAUUCAACCCUUUUCCUUGUUUAAUUCAGGUAUAUAUUCUUCAUUUCAUUUAAUUACUUAACCCUAAGCUCCAAUUUUUCUCAAUUAAACUCGAUUCACUCCAUUUCAAACUCCAAUUCUAUCAAUUGGGCAGCUGAAUUGAAACUUUGUUGAAUCAGAUUUCAACUUAAACCCCAGAAAAAUUUCAAAAAAGAAGGAAUCAAUUUGUACUCCAGUGUGUGAUCGUGGGUACUUUCAAUUUCCGGUAAAAAAGUUAUAUUUCUUAUAUUUUUGGUGAAUUUGUGAAGAAAAAUGAGUGAUUUGGUUUCUGGGUCCGAUCCAUCGGGCAGCAAUGAAUCAAAGGGUAGUGGGUUUGAUGCUGCACGAAUUCAGGAGGUUAAAGCAUGGCUUGUUUCUCAAUUUGAUGCUGUUGGAAAAGAUGUGCCCGAAUUCGAAUACACCCCUCGAAGUAUUGCACAUUUGCAUAAUAUUGCAUCUGUUUCUCAGGCUAAGACUCAGGCUGCUGGCAUUGUUGCCAAUGAUUUGCGACAAAAGGCGGCCGAGUACCGAUCUCAAGCUGCAAGGAUUAGGGAGUUAUUGGAGAAUGUGGGUUUGGCUCAAGAGAGUUUGCCAUCCAGCAUAGUGGGCUCGGCGCAAGUUUUGGCGAGUGUUGCCAACUUGUUGAACAUAAGAGACACCGAGUUGAGCAGUUUCCUUGUGUCGAUGGGGGAUCUUUCGCUCAGAAAGUGUGGUGUAGAGGAGAAGAGGGCAAAGGUACAAAAGGAAUCUAAGGUGCUCCUUGAUUAUACACGAAAGGCUAUAGCAAGGCUAACUUACUUGAAAAGAAUACUUGCUCAAUUGGAAGAUGAAGUAGCUCCUUGUGAGGCUCAAAUUGAAAACUGGAAGACAAACUUGCCACUCCUGGUUUCAAAAGAGCGUGAAUACAAUCAGAGAUAUUCCAACUACAAGGCACUUCUGAAUCGCGUGGGUUAUGCCCCUGAAAUCAGCCAUGGGGUAUUGGUAGAAAUGGCGGAACACAGGAAAGAGAUGGAGAAGAAAACUAAACCUAUUCUCGAUACUUUGAGAAGUUACCAAGAUUUGCCUCCUGACAAAGCAUUGGCUUCACUGGCAAUUGAAGACAAGAGAAGACAGUUUGCGGCCGCAGAGAAGUACCUUGAGGAGGUGUUGCAGUCUGCGCUUUCAACAACAGAUUAGCUUCAUAUCUAACAUUUUAUCGUGUUUAGAGUGAGAUCAAGUUUGUCACUUUGAGAAGAUGUCAACGCCUAGCUUGUCGAUUGGCACUGUACUUGAAGCCACAACACCUGGUGCACCCACUCAAAUCUCAACCAAUAGUUUUGAAAAUCAAUCUUGUUCACACAUUUCUGUAUAGUGCUCUUAAUAUUUAGGGGUGGUGUAAGCGUCGUUGUGUACUCUAUGCCGCUGUGUUUUGGCGGUUGUGAUGAGUUAUUUAGAUGUUACGUGACUAGCCUGACCGCUAUAUGUCAUAGUAGUGAGUAAUUAGCCUUGAAAAUAUCAUGCCUAAGUAUUAUAAUUGUAGUAACUUCAUGGACCAAUGUGCAAAUUGAAGGUUUGUUGAUCGCUAAUUGCUUACUUUAUGUAUGAUGAUCGAUUAUGGUGACACUCUAAGUAUUAUCUGUCCAACUAA